AUGGAAAUCAAUGCCCCUCUUGCGCGAGCCUACGAUCUGCCCAAUCUCAAAGUGGAUGGAACGCGGAUUAGUGCUUCGGCACGUUUGGCGAUGGCCGGUUUAAAUUUUACAAUAUACGCCAGCAACUACCACUUUGUUCACUACAUGAUUAAAAACAUGCUCCCGGGUAGUUACCAUCGGGUAACUGGCGUCUUUUCGGCAUCCGCGUAUAUCUCCCAGACCUCCACAAGGGCCAUGUUAAGCAUCCGUGUUAGCCCCACCCUCCUUGCACCCAUAACCGUGGAUCGUAGCACCACCCCCGCCGACGCCAUCCAAGUGGCGGAUUCGACCACUACCACCACCAGCAACAACAACAACAACAACAGCAGCAGCACCACUACCACCUCCAACACCACCAAAAAAUUGGAAUUUUUAAUUCACCUCUUCUGUCUCCAAGAAUGGGACAAUUGCCAAACCUCCCGCGGGGAUAAAGUCGCCUUUGCGGAAAAGCUCCUCUCCCUGUACGACUGUCUCCUCCAACAGGAGAUGAUUAUUGGACCUGGUGCCGUCUCCCCUCCCGUCUCGAUUCAAGACGCUACGUUGGAAACUCGAAGCAGCUUGCGCCCCGGCACCAAAAAGACCACGGUAAAGGAAGUUGUGUUGGGGACCUACCCUGCCGUCAACAUGAAGACGAACAUCGAUGACUCGCCUCUCGUUGUGCCUCUCCCACCACCUCCUCCUCCAUCCCCCUAA